AUGCAUCGCGAGGUGUUCAGCUGUUGCCAGCAGCAAGAGAAGCUCUUAGGAAAGAGAGAAAGGGAUGGACGGGGAGAGAAAGGGAUGGACGGGGAGAGAAAGGGAUGGACGGGGAGAGAAAGGGAUGGACGGGGAGAGAAAGGGAUGGACGGGGAGAGAAAGGGAUGGACGGGGAGAGAAAGGGAUGGACGGGGAGAGAAAGGGAUGGACGGGGAGAGAAAGGGAUGGACGGGGAGAGAAAGGGAUGGACGGGGUGAGAAAGGGAUGGACGGGGAGAGAAAGGGAUGGACGGGGAGAGAAAGGGAUGGACGGGGAGAGAAAGGGAUGGACGGGGAGAGAAAGGGAUGGACGGGGAGAGAAAGGGAUGGACGGGGAGGCGGAGGAGGAGGGGGAGGGGGAGGAGGAGGAGGAGGAGGAGGAGGAGGAGGAGGAGGAGGAGGAGGAGGAGGAGGAGGAGGAGGAGGAGGAGGAGGAGGAGGAGGAGGGGGAGGGGGAGCAGUAAGAAGAGGAGGAGAGGGAGAGGCGGGAGGGCAGCAGCGAGCCUCCUUUGGAGCGUUGGAACAUGCGGUGCAGCCAGUAAGUGGGCGUGCCGUAGAGGCGGUGUGA